AUGAUAGAGUAUCUUAAUAGAUUGAUGGGAAGAAUGCAAACUAAGCCUGACUUCCAUCAUCAUGCAAAGUGUGAGAAGCUUAAUCUAACUAACCUCACUUUUGCAUAUGAUGUUUUGUUGUUUUGCAGGGGUGAUGAGAGGUCUGUUAAGAUGAUGUUGAGCACUAUUAACCAAUUUUCUGCUUCAACAGGGCUUGUGGUUAAUUCCAAAAAGUGUAAGGUCUAUUGUGGUGGGUUAAGUGAUGAGGACAAGCACCUGAUACAGGCUGUGACAAAGUUUGAAGAAUGGCAGCUUCCCAUGAGAUACUUAGGUAUUCCUAUAACCAGUAAGAAGCUAAACAUUCAUCAUUACAUGCCUCUCAUAGAGAAGAUUCUGCAAAGAAUGACACAUUGGACAUCAAAGAUGCUGAGUUAUGCUGGUAGAAUUCAACUUGUGAAGAGCAUUAGUAUGGCUAUCACCCAAUACUGGAUGCAUUGCUUACCUCUUCCGCAGUUUGUUAUUAGGAAAAUUGAUACAAUGUGCAAAACAUUCAUUUGGGCUGGUAGCACUGAGGCAUCGAGAAAGAGUCCUAUUGCUUGGAAUACUAUGUGUAAACCUCGCGAUCAAGGAGGUUUGGGUUAUUCUGAACCUGUCAAUCUGGAAUAA